CUGAAAACUAUUGUGAACCGUGCCUGCGAGCUAUUCUUCCGAAAAGAAGUUGUGCCACUCGCUCAGGCAUUCGAGGGCAAUAACACAUUCGACGAAGCGGAAGCUAAGUGCGUGGCUGAAGGCGGACAUCUGGUUUCUAUCCACAGCGAUGAAGAAAACGAUUUCGUCUACGGUACGUUACAUGUAGCUCGGGCGAUAUCCGUCCUGAUGACAGACCUCACUCGUUUCAUUUGCUCAAGUAGCUCUAAUUUAGAUAUCUCGAUGACAAAAAUGGUUUCCAAGGAUUAUAGAGACUUUACUUGGAUUGGCCUAGGGCGAUUGGAUUGGCCGAAAGACGACAAGUGGAAAUGGACUGAUGGCACGCCAGUGGAUUAUUUGAAUUGGGCACCUGCGGAGCCAGAUAACAUACAGAGAAAAGAACACUGUAGUAUGGAAAGCUCUUCAAAAUACAUGCUAACGAACCCACCCCCAACUGUUUCCUUUCCUGUAACCAUGCCCCAUGAUCUCAAGCCGUCGCAACUCCAUCUCGCAACACCACCCUAUUUCUUUUUUUUUCUGGCCAAGAACCCGCGAAGAUCGAUAGACGUAUUAAGCAAGUUUACAAGAAGGGUGCUCCUGCAAGAUGCACAAUUCACAAGUGGCACACGAAGUUCACGUCGUACGACCAUUCCAUCGAAAAUGUAG